GUUUGUGCCUAGCCAGCCGGUGGCCAGGCCGUGGCGGGGACGCUGAUCAAAUACAGCCGGGGCGGCGGAGGCGGGAAGAGGAGAUGGCGCUGACGGCGGGGAGGCGGCGGCAGGACCUGGAAAACGGUUCCUUGGAAAUAACACAGAGUUUGGAAGAUGAUCCUCUACUGGAUGCACCACUUAUAUCUUCUCAUACAUUGCAUUCCCAGCUGAGGCCACGAUUUCACGCUAUCCCAGCAGUUCUCCUUGCCAAUUUUCUGUUGCUAAUACAUGUUGCUUUUGUUGUUCUAGCAUUUUUAGCAGCUAUGUUUUGUUCUUACCCCAAUCCAAAUCAGGAUAAGUGCCCUGGAAACUACACCCACCCACUUAAAGUUCAGACUGUCAUAAUCAUUGCAAAAGUAAUCCUGUGGAUUCUGCAUGUUUUUUUUGAACGAUACAUCCAGCACCACCACAAUAAAGUCAGAAGCAGAGGUUACUUCUCAAUAUACCGAUCAACAAGACAUCUAAAAAGGCUUCCACUGCUGAUACACUCCACAGGUAAUGCAUCCCUGCUUUUGAUUCUGUCAAUGCAGCAUUCCUUUCCUGAUCGCAGUAAAGUGUACCUGUAUCUUAUCCUGGGAGUCUUGGGCCUGGAGCUGAUUAGCUCCCUGACGUGCUUAGUGGUUUACACAGUGAAAAUAAGCAACUUCAAUCGUGCAAAGCCAAGACCUGACAUAAUUGAAGAAGAAAAGAUGUAUGCCUACCCUAGUCACAUUACCUCAGAAAUUGGAUUCAGGGAAAGUUCAAGUUUGGAAGAGAUAGUUGAGAAGCAAGGAGAUGUCAUAGAGUAUCUUCAGCGACACAAUGCACUACUCAGCAAAAGACUAUUGGCACUAACAUCUCAGCAAAUCAAAGCUUAAUAGCAUUUGGAAAACUGCUGCUGGAGCUCUGGAGGGAACGUGAGGUAAUGUAAUACCCAGCCUGGUUCACACAGAUGAUUCUUCAAUCAUCUUUCACAUUUUGAAAUAAAAGUUAAGAUGGAAGGACAAGCUCUGUAUGCCCUAUAAACCUGUUGCAACUGGACACUGGCUCUUUUCAAAUCAUCAGUUCUGAAAAGUUCUGGAGCUUCAAGGAUUUUUAAUUCCUGAUAAGUUAAAGUUGGACCUGAGGUAAUGGUUUAACUUGGUUUAAUUGUUGCAAUCAUUUUCUACUGCUGUAACCUUUACAUUCAAACUACCAAAGUACUUUAUAUUUCUAAAAUACACAUUUGUUCUCUACAAAAAUCCAGCUUUGAAAAGGCUGUUUUUUCAAUUUGUAGUGCUAAAGCUGAAACUAGAUUUGGGUUCUAUCACUCAGUCCAAAUAUUUCCAGUGUUAGAGAUCAUGUACUUCAGUAAUCCUAUACACAACAGAUACUUGCUUUCUAGACCAGUCUCCUUUACUCUUGUUAAGAAAAGAAAUUAAACCAUUGCCUGUGCUGGUGGGAAAAUUUGGCAUCCAGUUUAGGAUUUAUAAACAAAAAAGCAGUGUGUGCCUUAGAAUGGCAAAUCUUGCAUGUAAGUGUGUGGUACAAAACAAUGUCAUGAUAAGCAGUUUAGCAGUUGUUCAAAAUUCCGGCUUUAAAACCUAUAAGAGGGAUCUUCAGGGCUGGUAACUUUCCCAUUAUUAGGAGUCUGUGUCAGCUAGUAACAAGAUUCCUGCUGACUGAACUAAACAAAAAAAAAAACCUUGAGAAUAAGCUUUUUCUCAUUGACCUAUUAACUACCUUGUAUUGAAUGGGUUUGAAGAUCCUGUUACAGAUGCAUCAGUUACACACUUCCUUGCUUUUUACUUUGGCUCUUCAAAAAGCAUCAACAUCUUGAUUCAUAAGCUGAAUUGGUGUAUGUGGGGAGGUGAAAAGCAGCAAAAGACAGAAAGGUCUUCUAGAAGUUGGAGAAAUUAGAAUUUUUGGUUCUAUUUAAUGGAUUUAUUGGAAAGACUGAUGAAAGAACUGUUCUAUUCUGGGUACUACUUUGUCCACUGAUUUAGACCAAGAAUUAUUUUAGAAGCCAAUACCUCUGUAGGGACAGGGUAAUUGCUAGUCAAAAUAGGGAAGAAAGCUCUUUUAAGGAGUGGUCAUGUAAGUGAAUAUAACAAAAACAAAAGAAAAUGAAUGUAUCCUACUUUUGUCCUAGAUCACAACUUUGGCAAUAACUAGACUAGUGUGCAACUAACAGAUGCUGUUAUUUACAGGAAAACAGUGAAUCUGGGGGGUUAGCUGCUGUCCAACACUGACAGUUAAGGAGACUGAUCUCCUUAACUGUUGUUUCUCAAAAACGCAGCCAGGAUUUUAUAGUAUACA